CCCGGGGUGUGGGUCGGUGGUGGGCCCGGGGAGGGAGAGCGGCGGACCGUAAUCAGAGGCCUGACGCCGGAAAGGGCUCCCUGCCCGUGUCUGUCUCCCUUGUGGCUCCACCAUGCCGAGAGACCGCAUGGCCACGUCCAUGAUCCAGAAGAUCGCUCGCCAGGCCCGCACCACCUUCAAGCUGCUGCCUCUGGCCGAGGCCGGGCCCGGCCCUGGGGCUUUCCAGGACAACCUGAGCCAGCUGAGCUCGCUGCUGGAGAAGGUGAAGGCCGAGGACCUGAACCUGGCGCCCCGCCGGAACCAAGGCCCGCGGCAGGCCGGGCCCCCGGUCACCUACAUGCAUAUCUGUGAGAGCGAGCACUUCUCCAUGGGGGUGUUCCUGCUGCAGGCUGGAGCCUGCAUCCCACUACACGACCACCCGGGGAUGCACGGCCUGCUCAAGGUGCUCUACGGCAGCGUGACCGUCGAGUGCUUCGACAAGGACGAGGGCAACCAGGCCGCGGCUGGCGUCCAGUUCAACCCGCCCCUGCUGCAGGGUCAGCGGUCCAACCUCCGCCGCUCGCUGCGGGCCUCUAGCGGCCUCCUGGAUCAGGCGAGCGGGCCGUGUCUCCUCACCCCGCUGCUCGGCAACAUGCACCGGAUCGAGGCGCCGAACGGACCGGCCGCUUUCUUGGACAUUCUGGCGCCGCCGUACGACCCCGAGGCUGGCCGGGACUGUCAUUACUUCAAGGUGCUGCAGCCAGUACCGGGUAAAGCCAGCAGCCCGGCUCCCCCGGAGCAGGAGGCCGUGUGGUUGCUGGAGGUGCCGCAACCUGCCGACUUCUGGUGCGGAGGAGAGCCUUAUCCCGGCCCCCAGGUGGCCCCUGACCGAGAAACGAGCCCGAAUAAAUAGUAAUGUACCCAUUUACAGUGAAGAACCCUUCACAAACUCUUCAGCUAACCUCUCUCCCCCACCCGCAUGGUUAAAGCUCUUUUUCUUGUUGCAGAGUCGACCCACCUUUUUAAUUAUUUUGUUCAUAGCCGCACCAAAAAUCAAUAUCCCCAAACUGUACUGGAGAAGAACGAAAACAAAACUUUGCGCCUGGACCAUUUGAGUUAAAAGUGGAAAAGGUGUGUGAUCAUUCACAUCCUGUUGAUUCUGGGCAGUAACACAAAGUUUCAACGCAAAAUGCUGGAGAAACUCAGCCCAUGUGGCAACGUCUGAGGAGAGAAGGAAUUUACAUUGAGUAUAAUAUGCCUUUGGGAUAUGAGAUGUAUAACGGAUCUGUCCAGCCUUAUUUUCAGAUUGUCAGUCUGGCACUUAAUUGGUAAACAUUAUAGCGAUUUUAUUGACACUGCAACCAAUCACUCAUGUUGUGUUUAGCUGGAAUGCAAACUUUAUAAAUCCUAGUUACCUCUUCUGCCUUUCAGAAGUAGUGGUUAAUGUGUUCAGUUGUUUUCUCAAGUACAUAAGUUUCUGAGGACAUGACUUUAUUUCUUUUCCCAGUGAGAACAAAACACUAUUGGUAGAAAAUACUAUUAAUUCAUGAUUUGUAUUCAUGUGUGACCAACUGUAUUUUCAUAUCGAAUUCUGUGUUAACUGUUUCCCAAAGCAGUCGCCAACCUGAACUUAACAGCCACCAGAAGGUACAGGUGGGCAAACAUCUUAAACACUUUUCACUUCCUUUGAAACCAGUUGCCUCCAGAAAUUACCUACCCCACCCAAGCACUGUUGUGUUUUUCUUUUUUUUUUGAUUAAAUGUGCUAUAUGCCAGUUUUGGCACAAGUCUUUUAAGAAAGGAGUCAUCAGGAGUUCAAUGCCCAUAAUGUUUACCAGCACCUGGGCCUGUUUGACUUGUAUAUUUACUGUGAUGCUGUGUCGGAUGCAUUAUCAGAGAAUCAUUUUGCACUUUGGAUUCCAAAAUGCUGACCUUAACAAUGUUAGUCAACAAUCUAGUCAAUAAAAUGUUAGUCUGGGCAACAUCCAGACAUAUGAAAUGUUGAAGAGGUUUUGGAAGGGAGGAGGCAGUAGGAGCAAAGAUAUUCUUACUGACAUGUUCAUGAAACUACUGUGAAAUUAAAAGCAUUUAUGGUAAGGAGGGCUGUAGGAGCUGCUUCUGUUUAGCUCUGUAUAGUACUUCCUUGUUAACACUGAUAUGGUGGCUUGAUUUUCAAAAGCAACAUGACAACGGGUUGGAAACAAUCAUUUUGGUUUAGUUAAUAUGGUAAUAACUAACUGCACUAUAAAGCCCUCAUUUAUAGUUAGUUAUCAAGAUCAUUCUAUACAUUUAAACUGUUCUUUCUAAAAAAAAAACUGGGAGUAGGUUUUUCUUGUAAAUCUGCAAUGCGAACUUAUUGUAAAAUCUACUUGGAAUGACUGUCUUUAUAUUGGGAAAGAAGACUAAAUGUAGUCAUAAAAGGGAAACAUAACCAAAGGCUGACUUUAUAAUCAUCAGUACCCUAAGAAGUAAAGGGCUAAGAUUUUCAGAUUCAUGUUAGCCAUAAUUUUCAAACACAGAACUUCAAAUAAGAUAUCCACUGAAGUGCAUUUAAUUUACCCAGCUGCACCAUGUCCAAUGUUCCCUUCCAGCAGUGGAGGUCUGAAAGUUAGUCAGUUGUGACUGUGCAGCCUUGUGCUACAUUGCAGCUCUACUAUGAUUGUGUGCCCCCUCCCCUGUAAAAUUAUAUUCCCUUUUUGGUUUGUUGAGUUCUGCACUAUUAGAAGUACAGGGGUUUUUUUUUUUUUUUUUUUGAAAUAAUACCUUAUCCUUGACACAGUGGAUGUGAUUUUUUUUUUGCAAGAUCUGUGGAAAGGUGAAAAUUAGACCUAUUGAAAUAAGUUAUGAAAUUGUCCUGCCUAAGUGGUUGAGUUUUUUUUGUGUGAUCAUAGUGUUGAGUAAAAGUUGACCAUGUAGUUUUGCAUGCUGUGGUUCCACAAUCCUCGUAAUGCAGUUUAUUAAGUACUCCAUCUGAAAAUACAGUGCAGAACAAAAUGUUUAGCCAUUUCUUUUAUUCAGUAUUGUAUGAAUAAAAUGGAGUAUGAGAAAUAUGAUUUUUGGCUCACUUGGCUGACAGAAUUAUGCUCUUUGCAUUGGUGGAUUAAAAAUCAUAUUUGAUGCUUUUUUUAAUGUAUUAUCUUACAGUUGUACCAUUUCACCGUAUAUGACAAAGGAUAUUCAGUUUAUUAGAAAAUAUUCUUGAGCAAUAAAAUGUAUAGAAUAUGA